AUGUCAAAUUACAACAGCGACUACUUUAGCUCCUCUUCCUCCUCAGAGGAGGGAAUCACCUUCGUUGGACAGUACUACAUGAAGGAGAUCAUCGGCUAUGGCAGCUUUGGCUAUGUGAAGCUGGCCCAUCACCGACUCACAGACACCAUGGUGGCAGUGAAAUUUCUCCCAAAGAAAGAACUGGAGAGCCAUGACAUAGAAAACGAGGUGGACAUUGUUAAGAGUAUACAUCACCCACACAUCAUCCAGUUGUUCCAGGUGAUGGAGGAUGAAGACUGUGUGUACCUCGUUAUGGAGCUGGCCCCUCGGGGACACCUCAUGGGAUGGAUUGUCAAAUCCUCCUGCCACCACCUAGUCGAGUAUGAAGCCAGGAGGCUGUUCAAACAGAUAGUGAGUGCUGUGCACUACCUUCACAAGAACAGAAUCGUACACCGAGACCUGAAGCCCAACAAUGUCCUGUUGGAUGCCAAUCGCAAUGCCAAGAUCAGUGAUUUUGGACUGAGCAUCAGGCUGACCCCUGGGCAGAUGUUAAAGAGGGUUUGUGGAGCCUUGAUAUUCCGACCACCUGAAAUGUUCCUGCACAAAAUGUAUGAUGGAUACAAGGUAGACAUUUGGAUCUUAGGCGUGCUUUUGUAUGUGAUGACAACAGGAAAGUUCCCGUUCGAGGGGAAGAAAUUUGCCGACAUACGGGCACAGGUCCUAGAGGCCAACUAUACUGCUCCCCUUUACUUGUCUGCAAAGGGACAUGAUCUACUUUCCCAACUGCUGAUUGUGGACACCAAUCAGAGGCCCAAUAUUGAGGAAGUAAUGGAACACCCAUGGCUGGCUCUAGAUGUGGGAUUUGACCUGGUUCCUGAUGAGCCACUGCCCAGCAAGCUGGACCCCAUUAUUGUCACAGUCAUGCGCGACAUGGGGUACAGCAUAGCUGACACUGAGAAGGCAAUCCAGGACAGAGCAUUCAAUGAAGCCAUGGGCACCUACCUGGUCAUCCAAGAAAAUUUAAGAGAGAGUGCCAGAAGUGUAGAAUUGAAAACGAUGCCAUUGGUGAUCCCACCAUGCACAACUCCUGUGGAAAAUUACACCAGCCUUCUCCCUAUACGAAGGAGAGCCAGCUUACCCACACUACGUAACGCCUUCAGUUUGUCCUCCGAAUUCCAGUUGCAUGGUGAUGAUAAGCAGUCACCUCUGAAGAGAGACCGAAGUGCCAGUCUGCCUGUCCUUCCCUUCUGCUCCAGAUCCAGCUUAAUCUGGGGCCAGGAUUCUUUUCACUGGCUGAACAGAAUAGAGCGUUCACACUCAGUGGAAAAUACCCUUCCCUCUGGGCAGCCUCACGGGGAAGCCAUAGGCUCCAGCUGGGAUAAUAGACAGGGCUGGCGGAGGAUGGCAAACAGGAUAGUCAUCAUUUUUCGCAGACUCUGCUGCUGUGUGAGGGUCCCAAAGUAA